CAGCCCGGCCCUGCCCCGCCCCGUCCCGUCCCGCCGCUGGGCACGGCCGGGGCCUGGAGCGCCGGGCAAGGCCCUAGCUGGACCCCUCGGAAGAUUUUAAUGAACGCUGUGCCCAGUGUUCGGAAGUGAACUGGGGUCUCACUGAUGGAGGCAGAUUUUAUUGCAGAUCUUGCCACAAUCUUACUGAGAGAACUAGAGAAGUUGUAAACACUGACUUUAUUACUAACACAAGAGUCCAGACAAUCUCCAAAGGCUCAAAAAAGCAGGAAAAAACUGAUGGAGGCUGUGAAUGGUAUGUUUGUGAAGGCUUUCAGCUCAUACUCAAGAAACAAGCUGAAGCUUUAGAAGCGUUAGGAGUAUGUCCACAAAUGAAGGAUGAAGUUCUAUGUAAUUUUUGGAGGUGUUACCUUCAGAAGAGCAAACAGGCAUACUGCAUCCGACCAGCUGGGGAAACUGUCAAAGCUUUAUCAGUAUGUGAUAGCAGUACUGAUGUGGACAGUGACACAGAAAGAUCCAGCCUUCUUCACUUGCUGUCCCUCUCUGAAAGUGAGGGGGAUCUACAGACUGAUAACAGUUUUGCCUCAUCAACUAGCAAGGUCUCAGAAAACACCUCUGUGUGCUCUGGAUCUGUAGAUGGUAGCUUGUAUUUAAAGAAGAACCAAAAGGAUAAACUGAGGAUGACAAUGCCAAUGACCCUUUCAUUCUGUUACAUGGCAUUACUCUGGCUGAGAGAACCAAUGACAUUAUCUGAUCUCUUAAGGUUUGUUGUUGAAGGUCAUAUUCCAUAUUUGAAUGUUUUCCAGCAUUUUCCAGAGAAGAUGAAAUUGUGUGGACUUGAUCUUAAGAUCUUUUGUGUAGAGUCAUGGCCUGUAUAUGAAGAUGUAUACAACAAAAUGCUUGAGCUUGCAGUGUUUUUAGAACUGCCUCGUUUUCCAGAUAUAACAGACACCUGCUUUCUUCAUCCAGACAUGUUGUGCAUGAAGUACUUGAUGGAAGCUAAUUUACCUGAUGAAUUGCAUAACUGGACUUGUCGAGUGGUGAAAAAGAUUGGUAUUGGAGAUGUGGAUUUCCUGACUCUUGUGCCUGGAAAUAUGUCAACAAGAAAAGUGAAAUACGAUGUUCUUGCUGCAGCAGUUAUUGUAGUUGUGCUCAAAUUAUUGUUUUUAUUAGAUGAUAAGUAUGAAUGGUUACUUUCAGACUUUGCUGGAGAGAGAAAUAAAAAUAGCAAAGAAGGUGGCCCAUAUUUUGAGUUCAAAAAGUGGUACAAGGUGAUAAAAUGUUCCUUGGAUGAGAAGCAAAAGAAAUUAGAUGAAGAAAGAGCCAAGUAUUUGUGGAGAUGUGAAAAGCCACUGUUUUAUUCAGCCAAGAUGAAAUCUAAAGUUCUGAAGAGAAGACAAAUGGUUGUGAACUUACAAAAUCAGUUUGGCAAGCUGUCUGGUUCCGUGCGACCUCCUGAAAAGCCAAAUCCUUCAAGUUUUCAGUUAAGUUGGUCAGAAGAAAACACAGAUGGGAGUUGUUUUCACGGGCAUAGCCUGAAGGGAAUUUUGCAAGAAAAAUGUGGUUUACUUAAGCCCAUGAACCCUGACUAUUGGCUGUGUACAGUUAAACUAUGCACUGAGAAAUCAUGUGGUCAUCUGGCUCAUUACUCCAGAGAAGAGAACUUUCCCCAGAGUUAUCAUUUUGUACUAAGGUUAUUCUCCUUUCUUCUGAGAAUACAGCCUUCUUAUAUCCAUGAUGAGGUCUGUGUGAUAGAACACAAACUUUUUAAUAAAAAACUCUAUAAAAAGCCAAAAUACAGCAGAGGCCUAAGGAAAUAAAAAGGCCUAAAAAUAACAUUAUUAAAACUAUGUAAAUUAGUUGGUUUGAUCCCAAACCAUGAUAUUACACCUAAGGUGGACCUGAUCCUUUUGCCUGCCUGCAGAUUUUUUGUUAAGAUUGCAUCGCUGAGACCUACUACUGUACUUUAGUUGUAGUGUCAUUUUAUCUGUAACUGAAGUCACUGGUUUCCAGCUGGGAAAGUUACCAAGGAAACAGUUUAUUGCUAUUUAUUUCCUCACUUGCAUCAGAGCCAACAGGAAGCUAUGAAAUUACCAUGUUUUUUGGCAUAGUUAUACAUGUUUGGAGUGUACUGGACAGCACAUUGGCAUCUAAUUACAUUGUGAGACUUUGCAAUUAAGAUAUCUAUUUUUUUACCUACUGUUAUAUGACAGCAAAUAUAUUUCUAGAAAGUAAUGUUUACUUUGUUUUGAAAUAGUAUGUUAACAAAUAAA